AUGGCCGAAACAUCGCCCACUUACCCCGCGUCUCUGAAUACUCUGUUCGAAGAGCCCUCGCUAAGAGAACAAUUCGAACCGGUCCGGCUAGCCGAUGCAGAAAUAGUCCCAACAUUGCAGCUGCCCUUAGCGCAAUCGAUAUUUGGACACGGUGCCGACGAGACAGCUCUCGAUCGCGUGUCUCGGGGCGAAAUCUCCUUCACCACGUUUCUGGCUGAACAGACCAAGGCCGCUGUCUCUGGUACCAAAGAUGAGCUGAAGCCCGAGCAGAAACGCUCCCAAUUGCUCCAUAUUGGACUGGCGGCACUUUUCGGCUUCUUACAGUCGAACGUUACGGGUCCCCCGUUGGCGUAUAAUCCGUCGGAGGUCAUCAUCCCUCCUACCCUGCGGCCCGAUGCGGCCAAGCUCCGCGCCCUCCGUGCCCAAAUCAUCCGCGAGCUCUCGGUGGACGGUGAAGCUGCUUAUAAACUGACUCCGAAUGUUGAGCUUUUUGCCGUUGCGAAGGCUAUCCUGGUCGAUGCGGGUGUUCUGGUCGAGGAUGGGCCCCUCGCUGCAAGGACGGCUAGAACACGCGUCAACUUUCUCCACCAGAAGAUGCUGUCCGAGACUACUGGAACUCUGCAGGACGCCAUUUACAAUGAUCUCGAGGAGAUUAGUAAGGUCAUCCUCAGUGGCAAGUCCACUGCACAGGAGAAGGGCAGGUUUUUGAUCGAACGGGCUACCAUUCACACCCACCACGGCUUCGAUGCCAAGGCGAGGGCGGAUCUCGAGCAGGCCUCCAUCCAAAGGAACUUUCAGUUUGCUCUUACCGGAAAACUAGGAAAGAGAACUAAGUUCCAGGAGCGUGAUACCAGUCAACUCGUGGUCUUGGCCAAGAGUGCUGACAACGAAUCGACCGAGAAGGUGGAGGAAGAACAAGAUUCUCAGCCCUCAGGCCCGAAGAACUUGGAUCUCAACGACGACACACUUUUGGAAUCUAUUUCAUUCACUAAGGACGAUGCCCAACCAUCCCAAGGAAAGUCCGUCACUGUACAGGACGAAUCGACACUGCCCCCCGCUCUGGCGUCUCUAGACGCUGGCGACCAACCCAAGCUUGAUCCCGUCGACUCCGCUAUCCUCCUAUCCAUCGCAUCCGCCAUCACAAACACCUCCCCAGAUAACGGUCUGACACGUGAGGAAACCCAUCCCUAUGCCACGCGCGUUCUCGAGGGUGGUAGCUCCAACUGGCAAAUCUACACCCAGGGUCUGCUCAUUCGAAGCCGGAUUGAAGGGUUCAGAUCCAGAACCGUUGAGCGAUCUGUCCUGCAGAUGCAGGCUCUCGUCGAUCAGGUUAUCGCAGACACCGCCACGCUCGAUACGCAGGCUAGUGCCUCCGUCGCGGAACCCACCACCUUCCUUCCCCGACCCGAGAAAUCGGAGUCCGCGUCAGCCGCCGAGCGACUGGAGUAUAUCUGGAUCCUCAACUUUUCGACCAGGUGGGACCUCGAGGCUGAAUUGGCCUCUCGCUGGGUGAACUUGGGAGGUCUACGGACCGCCCUCGAUAUCUACGAGCGUCUGCAGAUGUGGGCUGAGGCUGCGCUCUGCUACGCCGCGACAGAACGGGAAGAAAAGGCCAAAUCGAUUGUCCGCCGGCAACUAUACGAGCCUACCAACAAAGACGUCGAAGAUGAGAACGACAAGUACGAAGGACCUGAGCUAUCUCCCCUUCCGGCUGACGCGCCUCGCCUGUUUUGCAUUUUGGGUGAUAUCGACACCGAUCCGGCCAUGUACGAGCGUGCAUGGGAGGUUUCAGGGAACAGAUAUGCGCGUGCCAUGCGGUCUUUGGCCCGUCACUACCUGACCCUGAAGCCCCCGGCGUUGGAUAAGGCCGAGGAGGCCUACAAAAAGAGCUUGCAUAUCAACCGCCUGAACCACGGCGCGUGGUUCGCUCUGGGUUGCGUGCAGCUUGAGCUCCAGCAUUGGGACGACGCGAUCGAGUCGUUUAGCCGGACCGUCCAGAUGGAUGACACCGACGCCGAAGCAUGGAGCAACCUUGCCGCCGCCAUCCUCCGCUCCCCUCAGCCCGAAAACUCCGCCCCCGAGGUCAGCGAGCCCCUUGCCGACGAGGAAGGCGACGCAGAGAAGGCCCCGGCGGACCCGUACAAGCGCAAGCGUGAGGCCCUCACGGCGGUCCACCGCGCGGCACAGCUGAAGAACACCGACGCCCGGAUCUGGGACAAUGUGUUGACGGUGGCGGCGUCGAUCCCCCCGCCGUUCACGCCGUUCCGUGAUGUCAUCACAGCCCAGAGAAAGGUCAUCGAGCUGCUGGGCCCCAAGAAGGGCGAAAAGGCUGUCGACCUCCCCGUCCUGGGAAUGCUGGUGGAUCAUCUCGUGAGAGCGUACGACUACGACAAGCUUCUCAUCAAUGUCAAUGAAGGCUCUCCCACCGCGCCGGAGUACGUCGUUCGCAAGGGUACCAUCGCCGGACAGAUCCUGUCGCUCAUUGACGACUCCGUCGUUCCUCUGAUCACUCACUCCUCUCCGCUGUGGCUUCUUGUCGCGCGCGUGGAAUCGUUCCGGGGCCGGCCCUCGAAGGCCUUCGAGGCGCAUGAGAAGGCCUGGCGUGCGACUGUCGCUUCGUCCACGCAGGGUGCGUUCCAGAUGGGCGACGAGAAGAAAUGGAUGGAGGUGGUGCGCGCUACGGAACGGUUGGUUCGGGAUGGAUACGCAAAGUAUGGCCCGAUGGACAAGGAAGGGCAGGAAAACGCGGACGGUGACGCGGAGCUUGUUGCGAAGGAUUGGCGGUUCAAGGCUCGCAGUGCCGUGCGUGGCAUCCUGGGCAAGGGUAAGGAGUUCUGGGAGGAUAGCGAAGGAUGGAGUCGAUUGAAGGAGUUGCAGUCGGAAGUCGGAAAUGACCAGGACACGAAAGACGCCAAAUGGAAACGACUAGUCAAAACGGUCUAUCUAGACCCGCUGGGUAGACAGCGGACAUGGGAGUCUGCAGAGAUGCAGACCAGACCAGCCGACAGCCCCGUGGACGGCGUCAGUAUAGUCGCAAUCAUCGACAAAGACACCGGCCCGGAGAUUCUCCUGCAGAAGCAAUAUCGACCAGCCCUGGACAAAGUGACCAUCGAGAUUCCAGGCGGUCUGAUUGACCCUGGUGAGACCAUCGAGCAGUGUGCGCUUCGUGAGCUCAAGGAGGAAACGGGGUAUGUCGGGGUGGUGGAUCGCACGAGUGGGAUUCUGUUCAAUUCCCCUGGGUUCUGUAAUAAUAACUUCAAUCUUGUCUACGUGCGCGUGGAUCUGACUCUGCCUGAGAAUCAGAAUCCCAGUCCCCAGUUGGAAGAGGACGAGCUGAUCGAGUGCUUCACGAUUCCUGUGAAAUCGCUCUUUUCACGGUCGAAAACGCUCCAGGAUGAGGGGUAUGCCAUUGAAACGCGGGUCGUGGCUCUUGCAGAGGGUAUCGAGAUGGCUAGGAAGUGGAGUCUUUUUCAAUAG